UUCAGAACAGAUUCUGUUACAAAAAGGGCUAAUUAUGAGUUCAGCGAAUUUGAUGACCGCAUCAUACAAGUUGUUGAGGCCCCUGGUGUUAUGGACACAGACUCAGAGGAAUGUGAAGAUAUUGAAUUACUUUCUAAGGCUUUAGAAGAUGCUAUGAUAAGCAAUCCCGAAGGAUACCACGCCUUCCUGGUUGUCGUUAAGUUUGGCAACCGUUUUACUAAAGAGGAACAAAAAGCAAUACAACUAUUUAAAGGAAUUCUAGGCGAAGACUUUCUGAAAAACUAUGGCAUCAUAGUAAUGUGCAACGGUGAUAAUUUUAAAAGAGAAGCGUCAAAGAAUAACAUGACUGUGGAAACUUAUUGCAACAGUCAAAUGGGACUUUUUAGAUCGCUAUUGGAUGACUGCAACAAUAGGAUAGUUCUGUUCAACAACGUGACGGAAGAUGAAUAUGAAAAAUAUCAGCAAGUAAAAAAUCUAGUUAAUGCAGUUGAUCAGCUACAAAAUAGCGGUAGACGAUACACAAAUGAUUCUUUUAAAAAGGUUGAAGAUAAGCGUAAACAUAUGAUGGUAACGUCAAAUAUAAAUGUGAUUGAAAAAGAUAUUUUAAUAAAGCAAAGAGUUAUUUUGGACAACAUGAAAAACAUUCAAGAAUAUUCAAAGAGCGAUGAGAUUCAAAAGAUCGAAAAAUUACAAAAACUCAUGCCUCAAAUUGAUGAACUGAUACAAGACUUGCAAACAAAAGAUCGAGGGACUGGGGCGCUACAUAAACUAUUUGAAAACGUAAAAGAAGCCAGAAAGAAUCUUAGCGACACAAUAGAAUUUAACAAAACAGUAGUAAAAAACAGAGAAGAAUCUAAGGCCAGAGAAGAGGCAAUUAAAAAGGAGGCAGAAGAGAAAAAAAGAAAAGCAAAGCUAAAACUUGAACAGGAAAUGAUAGAAAAACAAAAAGAACUGGAGGAACAACUAAAACAGCUAAAUGAUUUAAAAGAAAAAGAAAGAGCGAAAAUGAAAGAAGAAAUGGACGCUAAACUAAAAGAUAAGUUGGAAAAGGAAAAGAAAAAGAUAGAACAAAAAGCGGCUGAUGAUUUAAAAACAAUGGAAGCAGAAAUCAUUAAGCGCUACCACAUAUCUCAACAAUAAUACUAAUUAUGGUAUAUGCUUUAAGCUAUUUAAAUUACAUUGCUUUAAUUAAAGUGACUAUAGUUCUAUUUUAAAAGAUACACCGUUUACUAUUAAAAUUUUAAAUUAUUUAUUUUAAAUCGUAAAUCUCUGAAGUAGAGUAUCUCUGCUUAUUAGCCACUGCAGAUCAAGCCUGACAUAUUUAACUAAAACACCAAAUGUGUCAAUCAGAGUAUUACCAAGAAUCCUGUAGUGGUGCUUUUUUUGUCAAUAAAUGUAUAUUUGGGUCACAUACACUCGAUAAAAUUAGUUAGAUUUAUAAUGCAUAUCAC